AUGGAUAUGAAAACCCCUGCCCCCGCCAAAGUAUGUGCUGAGCAUAUAGCUCUCACCUCUUUUUUUUAUCAGGUUCCUGCUCCCGUCGUUCGAAAUGUAUUCAACAAGUCGUUAAUCAAGCAAGAAGAUUACGUCUUGCCUUUUUGUAAAGAGCGUGGGCUAACCGAAGCUCUUGCAUUCCUGGCGAAAACUAAGGAUGGAUGGGAUCACAUACCUGCAGUUUGCGUCGAACAGAACCCGGCUGGGACGGUUUUGAAUGUCAUAUUGGCUAUCAACAAAACAAAGUAUACUGAUGGAGAUGGACUUCUACAACAACUCAAAAGAGGGUUUGAAGAAAUAUUUUGCGUACUUCAUGAUUCACAAUAUGAUAAUCCCGAAGUCCAAGAGGAAAUUUUUACCUCAAUUAUCACCAUGUGCUCAGCGCGAGUGCUAUGUCGCUUGCGACUCGAUCGGAAGGCAACUAAGAUGUCCAUUCAAAAUCUCUUGAAAGCGGCCAUGUUUAGUAUUCGACAAAUUAGUCCUCAGAAACUUCAAGGCAAAGAGCUAUCAGUUACAUCAUCAUUAUUCAUUUCAGAGGCAAAUAAGGUCAUAAAAUUGGUUGAUCAAUGGUUGCAUCACAAAACUCUGGAUGAGCUAGGUCAACUUGUUAGAGGAAUAUAUCACUUGCAACAAACAGCACCACGCUUUCACGACUUGAUAGAUCUCAUCUCCAACAAUGAUAUGGAUCCGUCCUCGAGAUCAAGUUUAUUGAACAUCAUCAGGAAGGUCUCGAGGUACUGGGGAACCGCCAGGCGACUUUAUCGAACGGCAAAGAAAUAUAUAUUGGUCCGAAAUAUGAAAAUUCAACUGGCAAGCCUACCCCAAAAGGCAUUCGAAAGUCAAACAAAUCCUAGCGAGUUCUCUGACCUAUGUUCAUGUUUAUCGAGGCUUGCAUUGGCCAAGGGGCAACAAAAUAGAGUGCGUCAAUUAUGCCACAAUUUGAAACUUGAUGAAAAGGCUGCUCGUGCCCGGUUUGAAGGAGCCCAAAAGGCUCUUUCAGCAUCCAAAAUCCAUGCUGAAAUUCAGAUUGUCGGCUUUUGCGAAAUAAAAGCCCCGACAUUGUUUCCACGAGUGGUCAGUUCAAGUAAAGAUGCAUGCUUUCUCUGUAACACUUUCAUCCAACUACACGGACGAAUGCAUACCCCAAAAACCCACGGUCGGCUUUAUCCCGGCUGGAGACUCCCGAGCCUGCCACAAUUUACUGUCCUCCAGCAGAAACUCAACCAGAUUCUUCUUAAAAGUCUCCAACACAACAUUUCUCUUGGUUUAGCUCAGGGGAAGCUGCCUGUUCAUCCGUUUCCCAAUGAAAGCACCCUUCUAACCUCAUCAGCUUCGGCAACAGUGAUUAGUAUACCGGAGCUCGUGUCAGAGAGCUUCAAAGGAAAUAUUUCUUCGAGUGGCUCAUCUAAAAACGUGUCGGAGGGUCGACAAAGAUAUAGUCCUUUGGCAGUUAGCCAACUUUCAACCAGUAAGACGACUUCGUGCAACUCCAUUAACACCGUUUACCUGCUCGAGGGAGGACUGGUCAAGGAUUUUGUCGAAUAUGGCAGACGUUCUCAUCUUAUUAUCACAGAAUCCCUUGAGGUACACCUUAGCCUUGAGCAUGAAUCAGCUUCUACAACUGAGAAAGAACCUUUGGGGUAUGGUAUCAAAAGGAUGACAAUCGAUAGUAUCAAAAAUAUGAGUGAGACAUGUCCUGUUAUUGAUGUGCAGCGGCUCGAGGGCGAAGUUUUAUGUUCAUUGUCCGAAGAUAAUGCAAUUUUUCUGGUUGCUGGGGAUGUGGUGUUGAAACUAAAUACUCAUAGAUUGGCCGAGGAACAGAAAACAGCUCUUCAAGCGCCACCGCAGUGA